AAAAAGCGGCCGCUCCACCAGUCAACCUCCCUCUCCCCAGCCAGGACUGGUCUCCGCUCAGCUCACAAACCAAUCCUAUGAAAUGAGGAAACCAUUCCUCCUCUGUUUGUAGAACCGGUGACAUCACCCCCAGUCGCCGCAGCCCAAUUCAAUUCAAACUCUCCCACCAGACGGAAACGAAUCGUCUGGUCAAAAACACUGACCUUCCUGAUUUGUCUGUUCCCCGUACGCUUUGAUAAAUCAUAAACCCUAACUUUACGAUUACGUGGUCUCUCCAGUUUCAGCCGUGCCCUUGUUUUCAAUCUCCAACCGAUCGUGAAGAAUAAAUUCAGUUUGAUUUCUUGGCGUAAUGGCGGGACUCCAUUCCCCGAUUGAGAUCAAAGCCUUGGAGGCGCUGGGAUCGGGGUUCGAUAUGGCGAGCGAUUUCAGGGUAAAGUUCGCCAAGAGCCGGCCCGGAGGGGGGCGGCUGGUGGCGUUGGACGAGGAUAACAAGAGGGAUAUUUUGAUUCCUGGUGGGGCUGUGAUUCGGGGCGUUUCGGAGGAUAUUCGUUGCGAUAAAGGAGAUCGGAUUCGGUUCAAGUCCGACAUGCUCGAGUUCAAUCAGAUGUCUGAGUUGCUUAAUCAGAGAUCUUCAGUUCAAGGGAAAGUCCCUUCAGGCUAUCUUAAUGCUAUCUUUGAUUUAAGUGGAGACUGGUUGACAGAUGCCUCAGAUGCAAAAUAUCUUGCUUUUGAUGGUUGGUUCAUCUCACUAUACUAUUUGCACCUGACUGCAUCUCCCCUAGUACUCCGAGACACUGUGAAAAAAUCUGUUCCAUCUCAUUGGAAUCCAGCAUCACUGUCUAGGUUUAUCCAGACCUAUGGAACUCAUAUAAUUGUAGGCAUGGCUGUUGGAGGCCAAGAUUUGCUUUGUCUAAAACAAAAACCAUCAUCAACAAUUCCUCAUGCUGAACUUAAGCAAUGUUUGGAGGAUCUUGGAGAUUGUCUAUUUUCAGAUGGAAUGAGUCCUCCUCUACUAGAUAAGAAGACAAAAGACAGCAAACACAAAGUUCCAGAGGUCUUCAAACGUAUGCUGCAGCCUCGCACCAUGCAAUUUACCAGCAUUACAGAGACAUCAGGCAAGGAGGGCCUGACUAUCAUCUGGUCAAAAAGAGGAGGUGAUGUGUUCUCAAACAUUCAUUCAAAGUGGCUCCAGACAGUGCCUGCUAAUCCUGAAGCCAUUCUCUUUAGAUUUGUGCCCAUUACUUCUCUCCUUACUGGUGUCCCAGGAAGUGGUUACCUGAGUCAUGCAAUCAACUUGUAUCUCCGCUAUAAGCCUGCCCUAGAGGAUCUGCAGUACUUCUUAGAGUUCCAAGUUCCUAGGCAAUGGGCACCUUUGUUCUGUGAGCUUCCUCUUAGGCAUCAAAGAAGGAAGGAUUCCUGUCCUACACUACAGUUCAGAUUGAUAGGUCCAAAGAUUCAUAUGACUUCUACCCAGGUUUCAACUGGGCAGAAGCCAGUUACAGGCCUGCGCUUGUAUUUGGAAGGGAAGAAAAGCAACUGGUUGGCAAUACAUGUGCAGCAUCUCUCUAGCAUUCCAAAUAUUAUGACAUUAAAAUUGGGCGAUCCAUCCACAAGCAGGCCAUGUCAAUGGCGAGGAUCCGAUGAUUAUGAGUUGAGUGACCAAUACCUAGAACCGGUUAGCUGGAAGAGAUACUCGAAUGUAUGCUCAUCAGCAGUUAAGCCUGAUCCGAACUGGUUGCUGGGGGAGAAGCCUGGUGUUUUCAUAGUAACUGGUGCACAACUCAUCAGCAAGGGGAGGUGGCCGAGGUCCGUGCUUCACCUUCGCCUGCUCUACACCCACCUACCAAACUGCUCCAUUCGGAAAACAGAGUGGGCUGCAGCACCAGUACCUUCUCGCAAGUCAAGCAUCCUUGUGAACCUAGGCAACACUUUCACAUUCACUCAGCCGAUAGCUACUCAGGGACCAAAGCAGCUUCCGGCUGCGUUGAACUCCGGCGUCUACCCGGAUGGCCCGCCUGUGCCAGCUCGCUCCCGGAAGCUGCUUAAAUAUGUCGAUACAUCGGAGGUCAUGCGGGGCCCUCAUCAUUCCCCAGGGCAUUGGUUGGUAACCGCUGCUAAGCUGGUGACAGAUGGUGGGAAGAUUGGUUUGCAGGUAAAGUUUGCCCUGGUGGAUUAUGAAGAACAGGAACCAUAGUAGUCAUCGUGGAUGUGGACCAAAUACGGUUAGGUCAACCCAUUGGGCAUUUUUGUUGAUAUGUUUUCCUUUUUAGGCUCAGAUAAUUUUGUUUGUACAGGUGCAAGUACUUCUCCUCUACUGCAUUGCAUUACCCUCCUUUGGUUUUAAGUGUUUCA